CUGGAGUAUCGAAGACCCGGUAGGCUACAGGGCCUACCUAUCACUCACAUCAGUGACAGAUUUUCUACUCGGACUGGUGCUACUGUCACGUUGCCAUCUUUUUUGUCGGGGGAACUAAAAUCACUUCUGGCUUUUAAAAGGGGGCGUGUGCUGUUUAGAGACAGAAAGGGGGGUGUACCAACACCAACACAGCGAUUCCUCUCUUUUUAACCGCGGUCAAAUCAUGGACACAUAAUUCUGUCUAUAAAUAGAAACUUAUUCUUGUCGAUCCAAGCCGAACAUCUGCUAUGCACGCAAUGCACAGUAAAGUAUCGGAAUCACUGGGAAAUACCGAAGCAGAAUUCGCCUUCAGCGCUGCUGUUAGUUCUCCACUGGCGCCGUGCAAGAAGACACGUUCUACUCAGGUCUACAGUGGGCCGAAAAGGGUGGAUGGUUUAAGUUGAAGCCUACAGUAGGUAAAAGAGUUGCAUUAGAGUGGUUGCAACAAGAGACAUGGCUUAUAUCAGCUGCUAGUCGAAACAUGACAAGAUGUCACAAAACAAUAAUUUCUUAGCCAUCCCGGAUCAAAGAGAUCUCUUCGUCCCGGUGGGGAAUGGAGGAUCUGAGAAGCGCAGCAAUUCUCCCGUGGAUGACGAGGACGAGGAACCCGAGGAUGACAUUCGACUCAUACCCAGGUCCUCUCCCGUGCCCAGGAAGCGCGGCCCGUCAAUUGCUGAUGAGACGGCGGAGUAUAUGCGAAUUCGACUGGCUUUAAAACGCCGAGUGUCAUUCGCCGAUGCCACAGGUGGAGAUCUCGUGGAUGUGAAAGAAUUUGCUGCUUUUGAUUCAGACGACGAAGACACCGCCGAAAGAUGGGAGGCAGAGGAAGCUCGUUAUCGCGCCGCUGUACGCGAACCGACCUACCACCUGCAUCCAGAGUUUCAGGGGUUAUCUGGCGAUGAAUUGAUGGCAGCUGUGCGCGCCCAUAAAGUAGAAGUGGAACCUGUAUCUUUUGAUCCUGACGAGCCACUGGCAUUCUCCGGAAAAAUUCGUGUUCUCAAUAUUUCGUUCCAGAAGUCAGUGUAUGUGCGCUCUACCAUGGACGGUUGGGGCACCUUCUUUGAUUAUCCGGCAGAUUAUUUGGAAAGCUCUAACGACGGAGAAUCCGAUCUGUUCUCAUUUAAAUUGUCAUUUGCUCCACCUUACCUUUUCCACGGCGCGCGAAUUGAUUUUGUAGUGCGUUAUGAAACGCCAAAUGGAGAGUUCUGGGCUAACAACUCCGGCAAGAAUUAUUCGGUUACACUUCUCGUUACAUUUGAAGACCGUGCAGUUCACGCCUCUGGCAUGGAUUUGCAUAGCAUACGGGGUAUAUUAAAGCCGCCAAGACCUGGAAUGGACUAUGACGACUCUCAGGACUACGAUGACGAAGGGGCUAGUAGGGAGCCAGAGGACCAGCCACGUCCGGUGCACCCUGUGAUCGUUCAUCCUGAGAUGGACAUAGAUGUGGGAGGUCAGGAGCAGGGAUCUCUCUCCAGCACAGACCCUUCACAAACAACAACAGCAGUAACAACAACAACAACAAUAACAGAAGGCACACCCUAUUCUAGCACUACCACUGACCUGACUGCUCCAGCCAUUGAGAGGAGCCUGUGCGAUCAGCAGGACACCACAACCCAAGCCAGCACUUCCCUGCCACUGCCAGAACCAGAACUUGGAUCAGACCUGAACCACCCACCGCAACCACAGCAAGAGAACCAAGAGAGUGAACCAGCGGUCCAGAAAGAAGUCAAAGAUGUAACUUCAAUCUCAGCAUGCCACAGUGCUAUAUCAGCCUUGGCAGAACACACUAUUGCUGAAGACAACUUUGGAUUGAUGCCACCCUCAGAGACCAGACACACAGACCCUAAGCCUGAUAUAGCAACAGAUAUACCUCAUCACUCAGACCCUCCUGACCAGGCUGCCCCGUGUCUGUUAUUAGGUGAUGAAAUGGAUGGGAAUAAGCACAAAGACACAAGGCUCACAUCUGCUGAAGAAAUGGAUGCGAACAAGGACAAAGAAACAAGGCUCACAUCUGCCGAAGAGAUGGAGGAUGAUUUUGAGGAGCUCACAGCGUUAGCAGAAGAGGCUGGAGAGAUCGAGGAGAAGAUUGACACCAGUGAGAGGUUUGAAGGGGCAGAGGAGGAGCCUGGGGAGAUCGAGGAGAAGAUUGACACCAGUGAGAGGUUUGAAGGGGCAGAGGAGGAGCCUGGAAAGAUUGAGGAGAAGAUUGACACCAGUGAGAGAUUUGAAGGGGCAGAGGAGGAGCCUGGGGAGAUUGAGGAUAAGAUUGACACCAGUGAGAGGUUUGAAGGGGCAGAGGAGGAGCCUGGGGAGAUUGAGGAUAAGAUUGACACCAGUGAGAGGUUUGAAGGGGCAGAGAGAAGCACCGUCACAGAGUUGGAGUCACCAAUAAGCUCGGACAUCCUUGAUGAACAUGCACAGAAUGGGAGCACAGAAGUCGUUGGAGUAGAAAUUGCUCUGGAGGAAAACGCUGACCUUGAGGAGGUCCCUCGGGUGAGCCCGGGCCCACUGACGUCAACAGUCGAUUCCGGCACUCAGUCGGAGAUCUCUAGGGGCCGAGAGCUCAGACUGAAAGAAGAGUCUGCUCAAGCUGCAGGAGAGGACUUGUCUUCCUCAGCAGCGAGCCGUUUGCUGCCAACCCACCAAAGCCCUGUCCACCCAGGGCCAACAGGCGAAGACAGUAUGACACUCUCUCUCUCUGAUACCAUCUUUGAUGCUGACAAGUCACCAAAACCACCGCAGCACCCGAAGCCAUGCGAGCCACCUGCAUUAGAGGAAUCAACUGCUUCCUUGGAUUCCAAAUUUACUAAUCAUGAAGAUUUGGCAGUUACCUCCGAUCUCAGACCAGUUGAACAGAAAAACUUUGCUGAAGAAAUGGCCUUGCCACAGUAUUUCACCAUUGACUAUCACACAACUACACCAUCGACCAGAGAUGCAUCCCACAUCCCAGAGAAAGACAGUCUCGACGUCUCUGCUGGUACUGAGGAAAAGGAGUCCCCCGUUGAAGCCUCCUGUCCAGCCUGUCCAACCAUCCUGACCCUGGAGGCCCCUGAAGAUGCACUGGAGAUGCCUGGAAACUCAGUGGGCACCCUGGACGGUCCUGUCAGCAUCUGGAGGACUCUGAGACCUGCCAUGUUUGGCAUGAGUGUGGUCACCUGUUUCAUCGCAGCCGUGCAAGAACCCAGCAUCCUCCUCGUGCUGGGACUCUAUUUAGUUGUUCACUGUUUCUGAUCCAUCUUCCUUCCUUUCUUUUUUUUGCUAUUCUUGCUUUACUUUUAUCUUCUUGAGUGCCUUAUUGGUCAGUCCAAACCUAUCACCAACAUACAUUGCAAAGUAGUUUAAAUUGACAAAAUUCAGUUUCUUUCAUUCAUUUCAACCCCAUAAGCAUUGAGUAAAAAAUUAUUUUUGUUUUAAGUUCACUUUUUUGCAUUAAUAUUUCAGGUCCACAUGACAAAGUAGCUAAAUGUAGCAACCACCAGUCACUCAUAUCCAAAGUCACAUCCUCAAAUCUUAAAUGGUGCACUCAAUACUGUAACAACAUUCAUAACAACGGCAGUCUAGUCUACUUGUAGGGUGAAGUAAAUUCUAUUUACACUUUAACAUUGGCAGUGUCUAUAAUGAAAGUGUCUGGCGGGAUUUUCCUGGGAUGUGUGUUUUCUGAGGGUUUUAAGCAUGCUAUAUGAUACGCAGUGGGUGCCAUAUUAAAUUAAUUAUGAUACAUCCUCCAACUUCUGAAAAAAAGAACGGUGGCUAACAUCUCUUUCUCAAGAUACCUUUAUGUAAAAGAUCUACAAUUAUGGCUGGCUUUUAUGUAAAAGAAUUACAAAUAUGGCAGGCUUCCCACUAGCGAUGAGUGGUAGGGCAUCCUGUAGAAGGUUAUUUGUGUCUGAAGUGAAUGGUCUGUGACGUGCUGGAAACGUUGAAGAGGACGUUGAGACAACAAUGAUGGUUUGGAAGUAACGUCUAAGAUAAGACUUAUUAUCCCCAUGUAUGUUUAUUUUCCCAUAAGUAGUUCUAUUAUUGUGCAUAGAAGAAUGAUUUAAGUCAAAGGCCAGCAAUAAAUGUCCUUUAUAAAGAUAAUUUAAAGAGGAUCGGCACAGGGUUGACAUGAUAUGUGAUUUGAUAGAUGGUUUGCCGAGAUUAAUGGUAAAUUUCCUUUUGCGUGUGUGUGCGUGAGUGUGUGUGCUGUGUGGAUUGUGUGAUGAGUAUUUCCUGUGUGUGUGUGUGUGUGUAUGUUUUUGUGAAUAUGUGUUCCUGUAUAAAAUACUCUUCAGAUAUCAUGUAUUACAUUCAGGUAUCACAGCAUGGAUAACAUGUUUCUCGUCUUAUAAGAAGUGUUUCAUUUACACUAAAACUGUUGUAUUCAGCCAUUAACCAACAAAAAAAAGCACCGUUUUAACCAUGUCUGAAACUGAUGUGAUCUGUCAUAUUCUUUGAGUGUCCCAUUGAGUGUUGGGAGUGUAUAUGCAACAAGUCUAACACAAAUCUCACUGUGGGAUACAUGUUGAAUGUGGGACUACAAAUUCACAAUUAAACAUGUUCAACAGCA